AUGAGGGCGCCGAGGGAGCCCGCGCGGCUCGAGCCGCCGCCGCAAAAGGCGAUGCCGGAGAUGGUGGAGACAGAAGGACAGGAAACUUCAGAGGAUGACUUUGAAGAGUUCUGGUGCCAAUUCUGUGGCCGCGAGGACCCAAGUUUCACUCUGCCAGCGCUGGAUAUCCACUACUGGCGGGAGUGCCCCAUGCUCUCUGCCUGCAAGCACUGCGAGCAGGUCAUCGAGAUCUCCAGACUGCACUGGCACCUCUCGGAGGAGUGUGAGGUGAGGGAGGCGGCGAUUGAAGCGCGGCGCCUGCAGCCCGAUCGGUGCCCGUUGUGCCAGGGCCGCGUGGCUCGGGGUAUGCCGGAGGAGAGGGACUGGCAAGAGCACCUGCUGGUGAUGGGCUGCCCGUCCAACCCACGGGGACGGUCCCCGAGAUGA